UUGUGCAGGGCGCAAUAUGAUGCAAAAAAUUGUCAUUGAGGUGCAGAUGAGAAGCAGAAAACAUCGUGCCAAGGCCAUGAAGAUAGCUGCUGUAGCUGAUGGUGUUAAUUCAGUGGCUUUCAACGAGGAAAAGAAAGAUCAGAUGGUGAUCAUUGGAGAUGGAGUUGAUGCAGCUAGCUUAGCUCUGUGUUUGAGGAAGAAGGUUGGCCAUGCCAACUUAGUGAAGGUGGAAGAAGUAGUGGAAGAUACAUGAGAAAGUGAGAAGGAGAAACCAUGCCAAUCGGAUCUGCAUGGAUACAAACUUACCAUCGAUUCAUCGUGUUCAUGUAUCAUCCUGGUAGUGGUGAUCAUAAUAAGUUUAUGCAUGAUGCAUGCAAAACGGUUUCUGGUUAAUCUGGCGUUGACUUUGUGUAGAUCUUCAAUUGUUGCCCGUUCUCAUAUACUUACUGAAUUUUUUUUUUUCAGUGAUUGUAUGAUAUAUCAGAUAAAUUUAUGAAAUAUGACGUCAAGGGCGUCCCAUCAAUUAGGCGGAUGAUGUGUCACAAUUUUUUUCUUUCCAAUUGCUGAGUACCGACCGGUUCUAUACA